AUGGCUGCUGGUGAUGGCUCCCAGGAGCCUGCCAACAACAACCCGACCCCCAAUGCCUCCAAUCCUCCACCAGAUCGCCCUCAGCCCCCAUCAGUCAGGGAUGAGUCCGAAGAAGACGACGAGGACGGCGAUGAUGGAGAGGAAGAGGAAGAGGAACCCAGACUCAAAUAUGCGAACCUGACCAGGAAUCUCAGCCCAUUGUAUCGCAAUGGCGAUGCCACCAGCGCUUUCCUCGUAUCCGGAGACAAAAUGAUCGUUGGUACUCAUAAUGGCAAUAUCCACGUCUUUAGUCUACCCUCAUUCGCUCCUUUGCGCGUCUACCAUGCCCAUACCGCUAGCAUCUCCACUAUCUCCAUCUCUCCCUUUCCAGUUCCUCUGCCUGGUUUCCGCUCAGAACAGACAUCUAGACUGGUAGCAGACACCCUAUCACAGAGGGAUGCUUCUCCCUCCAGCUCUCCGGCCCCGAAGGGAAAGCAACAACAACUCGGCCCGGUUCCAAACACCCCAUCCAAUCAGAUCUAUAUUGCAACAUCCUCUAUCGACGGCAACGUUUGCAUUGCAUCUUUGGUCGACCCAAAGGAUGUCCAGCUUCGGAAUUUUGGCAGGCCAGUACAGACGGUGGCACUUUCACCGGAAUACAAAUCCGAACGGAGCUACUUAUCAGGAGGGCAGGCCGGUAGUCUGAUACUGACCACCGGUGGGCAAGCUGGCAGAAGUGCAAACGCGACCACAACUGGAGCUGCGGCUACGGCGUCGAGCUGGCUUGGAUCUAUUGGUCUUGGUGCAAAUACUGGAACAGACAAAGUCCUUCAUGGCGGAGAGGGCAUCAUCAGCACAAUCAAAUGGUCGCUCUCGGGGAAAUAUGUCCUCUGGGUCAAUGAACAAGGCAUUAAAAUCAUGAGAUCGAAUCUGAAGCUUGAAAGUGGGGAAGCUGGUUUCGAAUGGAAGAGAUUGAGCCAUAUCGACCGCCCAAACCGACCUGGUUGGGAAGACAUGGCUGGUGUGUGGAAAGCACGCGUUGAGUGGAUUGAUCGCGACAAUAUUGAAGUUGAUGAUGACUCUCCAAUUUCCACCAUCAUGGUUUCUUCGAAUGGUGCAGCAUCGACUUCUGGAAACAAAAAACAAAAAUUGGAAGAAGUCUUGGUAGGUUGGGGAGAUUCGGCCUGGAUUAUAAAAGUAACUCCAGGUAUGUCGGAGAAUGGUGGUCAAAGCAAAAUUGGAAGUGCGGUGGUUGCAACGAUUAUACGAUUUGAUGACUGUACAAUAUCUGGAAUUUCUUUAUAUACCCCAACUCUGCUCGUAAUACUUGCAUAUAUGGAAAGAAAGGACAAGCAAACGAAAACAGCUAGCCUUGACAACGGCAAGAAGACUCGGAGAAGACAUAAUGCAUUAGAGCCGGAGUUACGCUUGAUUGACAUUAAUACGAAAGAAGAAAUCGAUACCGAUACCCUAACAGUGAGUAGAUAUGAAACUCUCUCAGCUUCCGACUACCAUUUGGGCUUUCUACCACCUGUCCGCAUAUCUGCUGCGGCUGCACAAAGAGGCUAUUUGGGAGCGAUCGGUUCCGGCAUUGGUACCGUGAGCUCCAGUCUAUAUACAGGAGUCGAGACUGUAGGUCAGGGGAUGUGGGACGCCACAAUGUACGGGCCUCGGAUGCUAGGUGCUAAUCGCAUGUUCAGUGGUGCUGAGAGUGUCAGAAGCGGCAUGAGUGGUCCUGAAAAGGGUACUUCUAAGGACCGCAACUAUCUUACUGGAUGGCUUCCAGGCUUCGGUUCGAGUGAUUCAAAUCAAAGAGAGGAUGUCAACAAUCUGGCCACCGCACAGAGUAUGAAGAUUUUCAUUUACAGUCCAUACGACUGCAUCGUCGCAAUCCGACGAAAUCUACAUGAUCGCAUGCAGUGGCUCACCGGUAUGAAAAAGUAUCAACAGGCAUGGGAAUUGAUUGACCAGCAUCCCGAAGCAGGGGGAGUGGCCUCGGAAGCUUCAGAAGCUUCUACACCACCCACCCCUUCUAAGGCGAGUUCAGUCUCAAAAUCGGCGAGUGCGGCCCCCACAAGCGCAAUCCAGGCUCGACAACAGGCAACGCUGGCCGAGUUUUUUGCUGACUCGGCAUCAAUCACUAGCUCCGCGCAGGCCAAACCGAGGGGGAAGUACUCCGCUGCAGAGAAAGAAAAGCGGAAGAUUGGCGAACUUUGGCUGAAGCAACUGGUUGAUGCCAACAACUGGAGCGAGGCGGCUGAGGUGGCUGCCAAAGUUUUGAACACCACAAGUCGAUGGGAGCACUGGAUUUGGGUAUUCGUCAAGAGUCACAAGUUUGACGAGAUCUCAUCACAUGUUCCCACUCUAGAGUUGACGCCGCCUCUUCCCUCAUCUAUUUUCGAGAUCAUUCUCGGGCAUUAUGUCGAGACCAAUCGAGUGCGGUUCAAAGAACUAUUGGACCAGUGGCCAUCGGACCUCUUUGAUAUCAGUAGCAUCACCACCGCAAUCGACGAUCAACUUCAGUUGGACACCACCCCCAAAGGCUCCGAAGAUUGGCGAAUGCUGCAAGAAGGUCUAGCCAAAUUGUUCUUGGCCGAUGGUCAUUACAAUGAAGCUUUGAAAUGCUACAUACAAUUGCAGGAUGCAGAUACCGCCCUGUCAUUAAUCAAAGACCACCAUCUUGUUGAAGCUGUUGCAGAUGAUAUUCCAAGCUUCGUACAGCUCCGAGUACCCUCCAGCCAACUGAAGUCCAUCCCUUUGAAAGAGUUAGAUGAACUUGCGGCAGAUCCUAUCAGUGUUUUGGCAGACGAGGCAACUCAUGGUGUCGUGGAACCAGAUGAAAUCGUCACGCAACUGAACACCCCUCUUCUGAAGCCUUUUCUAUAUUUCUACCUCCGUGCAUUAUGGACGGGCGAGAGUGAAAUAGACGCUUCAAAAGGACCACGAGUUGGACAUUCAGCAGCGGCGAACGCAAUUGCAGCAGACGCCGGAAAGCAGCUGGUUGAACAGUUCAGCGACAUUGCGAUUGAUCUAUUCGCAGAAUAUGACCGAACUCUCUUGAUGGAAUUUUUGCAAACUUCAACAGCCUAUACUUUCGACAAGGCUGUCAAAGUUUGUGAGAAAAGACACUUUAUUGAGGAAUCGGUCUACCUUCUGAGUAAGACGGGGCAAAUGAAGAAGGCUUUGUUUUUGAUCAUUGAUGAGCUCAAAGACGUUUCUAAGGCCAUCUCGUUUGCCAAGGAGCAAGACGAUAGAGGCUUAUGGGACGACCUACUUGAAUAUAGUAUGUCACGACCAAGGUUCAUAUCAGGGCUACUCGCGGAAGUUGGAACAUCCAUCGAUCCAAUCACAUUGGUCAAGAGGAUCCCCUCAGGACUGGAAGUCGAAGGCUUGAAAGAUGGUCUGAAGAAAAUGAUCCGUGAAUACGAUCUACAGGACAGCAUCAGCUCUGGUGUUGCAAGAGUAUUGAGCAGUGAGGUUGCCGUUGGCAUGGAUACACUAAGACGAGGAAGAAGAAAAGGGAUCAAGUUCGACAUUGGCUCAAUACCUCAGCCGAGGAGAACUCAUGGUCUGGAUCCAGAAUCUGCGAGGGCACAAACAGAGAAGGAUUAUGACAGUCUUGAACCUGAGCUGCAACCCGGUCACUGCGCCUCUUGCCAUCGUGCGUUUCACGCGGACGAAGGCGAGACACUUGUGGGAUUUGCUUGUGGUCAUCUCUAUCACGUAUCACAUUUACUGCAUGGACCAGAUUCGGAAGGUGACGAGGCUACCCUGCCUUCCGGUGGAAGGGACACCGAAGAAGACGCCGACACCAACGAGCGCUUCUAUAGGUCUGUCGGGUCCAAAGUCACCAACGCAAGAUUACUCAGGGAUAAGAUCCAGACAGUAGGGGGUUGUGCCAUAUGUAAAGAAAAAAGAGAGCGGGUUCACGUGGUUGGCGGCAAUUGA